AUGUAUAUAAGUCCUCCCUCGGGCAUGUUCACGACCGCCACUGGAAAAGUUUUUCACCACCCCAUCUCAACUGCACAACCAGCCAUGUCCAAAGUCAAGAAUCGAUCAAAGAAGGGGAACGACCUGGCUCUGGCUCCAGUGAAGACGGAACAAGAUGAACAAGUGGUCCAAGACGCUUUCGAUAUAUCGAUUCCGGAAGUCCCUGUGACGCAACAGCGACGGCCUUUUGUUCCGAGCAAAGAGAAUCAGCAGUUGAAGGAUCCAGGGACCCCUCGAGCAAACAUAGCUGCCUCUUUGGAAGAGCCAAAUGGCACGCAGAAGGGAGACUAUGCCAGAAGAUACAGGAGAAAGACGGUCCUCCAACAACAUCUCACCUACUUCGACCCGGAUUCAGACGGCAUCAUCUGGCCCCUCGACACCUACCGCGGCUUCUACGACCUGGGCUACGGCAUUUUGCUCUCCCUCCUCUCCCUCGUCAUCAUCCACGCCAACUUCUCUUACCCAACCCUCCCGCCCGGCCACUGGCUCCCCGACCCCUUCUUCCGCAUCCACAUCGCCCAGGUUCACAAAGAUAAGCACGGCAGCGACUCUGGUACCUAUGAUGCGGAAGGCAGGUUCGUGCCGCAGAAGUUUGAGGACAUCUUCGCCAAGUAUGCCAGCGGUGACAAGCAGGGCAUUACGCUGAAGGAGGUCUUCGAUUAUAUGAAGGGCCAGAGGCUGUAUGCUGAUCCGGCCGGGUGGGGCGCGGCGGCUUUCGAGUGGAUCGCGACGUGGUUUCUGUUAUGGCCUGAGGAUGGGAGGAUGAAAAAGGAUGACAUCAGACGGAUCUAUGACGGGAGUAUCUUCUUCGAGAUUGCAGAGAGGAGGAGAAACAAAAUCUCGCCCAAGAAGCUGAACGGGCAUUAA